UGUGUGCGAGUGGCUGCGCAUCCAGGGUCGCGGUAGAUUUGCCGGCCGAACUCGACAUGGCGUGGAUCUGGAUGGUCCCGGCGGCCGGCGCCGUCCUCCUGUGGGCGGUUUCCCUCGGGCGGAUACUCUCCUCCUCCGCGCCAUACAGCCUGCCUCCGAGCCCUCGCUUCCCGCCCCCUCUCCGCGGCGACAGGAGGACCAGGAACGUGCUCCUCGUGCUCGCACACCCCGACGACGAGUCCAUGUUUUUCACUCCAAGCAUACUUUUCCUCAAGUCAAAAGGUCACAGCAUUCACAUCUUGUGCAUGUCCUUGGGUAACGCUGAUGGUCUUGGAAAUAUUCGUACAGAAGAACUAUACAAAGCCUGUGCAGCUCUUAAGAUUCCAGCUGAGCAAGUUGAAGUCUUGGACCAUCAAAAGCUACAGGAUGGAUUUCAAGAAAAGUGGGAUCACAGACUAUUAGCAGAACUUACCAUGGAGCAGAUCCGUCUAUGGGAUAUUGACAUGAUUGUGACCUUUGAUUCCUGUGGAGUAUCAGGUCAUCCGAAUCACUGCGACGUUCAUCAUGGUAUAAGCAAGCUUCUUCAUGAGAACCAGCAAGGAAACAUUGAAGCAUGGGAACUUGUAAGCCUGAACAUGUUCCGCAAGUACAGUGGUCCAGUUGACAUCUGGCUAUCUUCUUUGAUUUCUUCAAGCUCAAAACAACCAAUAUGUUGUUUAGUUAACUGCAGCCCAUCCCGAACCUUUGAGGCAAUGGCUGCACACAGAAGUCAGUGGGUUUGGUUCAGGCGAUUAUUCGUUAGGUUCUCAAGUUACACAUACAUGAACAUGCUCCGAAAAAUUUAGCAUUUGAUGGAUGCCAUGUCAAAGCAACAAGUGUCUCGGUAUCAAGAAGCUUCUUCAGAAGUAGUACAAGGCAACGGUGUUGGCGUGCUUCCACUGGAUUAGAUGAAAUCAAGGCUACACAUAUGUUUAUGGGCACGGUUUGAUGGCUGCGAGAUACUGAAACUUUUGAUCCCCCUGCAGAGAUGCUGGCAAUGACAGUCCCUCUUGUAAGAAACUCCAGUGUUAGCUAUUUGAAGAAACUUCAGUGUUA